AUGAAAUCAAUAUUCCAUUAUGGGAAGCCACUGGAAAAAGAUCAAGAGAUCGGCUAUCGCUACAUCAUUUCUUCGUGCGAGCUCAAGAAUGGCAGGGAAGGUGUCUUGGAGGCUUCGUUUACCACACUGUUUGUCAUACCAAAAUCUGACACGAGAGCUGUUGUCCACCACAAUAUGUUCAUGUCUUCGGAAGAUCUCCCAAUGUCUCCUAAUGUUCACCAAUCUGCAGAGAAGCUUUCUCCAGAUGCUGCAACCGUUCAGAUAGAACUUGGUCUUGUUGAUAUAUUCCUCAGUCUUUGCAGGUUUGAGUGGCAGGCUGGCUACCUGGAGUUGUCUACUGCUUUAUUUCAGGCUGAAAUCGAGUUUAGUUUGUUUUCUCCUUCUUUACUCCUGACUGAGCAGAGUAAAAGGAGACUGUUUGAGCACUUUUGGAAUAGUGAUGGUGCCAGAGUUGGAGAAGAUGGGGCCCUUGGUUGGUCAACAUGGUUAGAAAAAGAGGAGGAGAAUAGGCAAAAAAUUGUCAAAGAGGUCUCAUCUGAUGAUGAAAAAGGUGGUUGGACAGGUUGGUUGGAGCCUCUAUCCAAAGAUAAGGAUAGUUCUGUAAAUUUAGGAGAUGCAGCCAAUAAUGGCUUGGCUGAUGAGGAGCUUCAAGAGGAAUUUGAGAAUGAAGAUAUCGAGCAGGAGGAUGAAACUGAAGCUUUGCUCAAGAAACUAGGCAUUGAUGUUGAAGCUGAGGCUAGUUGUGAGGUUAAAGACACUUCAACUUGGACUAGAUGGUCAGAAGAAGAGUCAUCAAGGGACUGUGAUCAAUGGAUGCCUGUUCGUGGGAAAUCUGGCUAUCAUAGUGAUGGGACACCUGAUAGAGAAGUAGAUGAGCAACUUUUGAGAGUUAUAUUGUAUGAAGAUGUCAGUGAGUACUUGUUUUCAUUAAGCUCAGGAGAGGCUCGCUUAUCUCUAGUAUACCAAUUCAUUGAUUUCUUUGGUGGGAAGAUAUCUCAAUACAUUUGCACAAACAGUUCUAGUUGGACUGACAAAAUCCUCAGCUUAGAGGCAUUGCCAAAUUCGAUGUUACAGCCUUUGAGAUGGGUUCAGGAUGCUUUAACCAAAACAGAGAGCGGUUUGAAUAGUUUCAGUUUGGAAGUGCUUUUGGGCAGCUCCAAUGAGAUCCCUAGGACCGACAAGAUGAAAUUUCUUCGCAAUGCUACUUUACUUUGUUUAAAUGUUUUUCCACGUAAUUACAUCCUGGAAGAAGCUGCAUUAGUUGCUGAAGAGCUAUCUGUUACAAAAAUGAAUUCUUGUAGCAGUUCAGAUACCCCGUGUCGAACCCUGGCGAAGGGUCUGUUAAAAAGUGAUCGACAGGAUGUAUUGCUAUGUGGAGUUUAUGCACGAAGAGAGGCUGUUUAUGGGAAUAUUGAUCAUGCGAGAAGAGUGUUUGACAUGGCACUGUCAUUAAUUGAAGGGCUUCCAGUGGAACUACGGUCUAGUGCUCCUCUUCUUUAUCUUUGGUAUGCUGAGGCAGAGCUUGCCAAUAGUGGUGACUCAUCAUUUCGUGCGCUGCACAUUUUGUCUUGCUUAGGAAGUGGUGCAACAUACAGUCCCUUUAAAGGACAACCAUCAAGUUUGCAACUUCUGAAAGCACGCCAAGGGUUUAAAGAUAAAAUAAGAAUGAUAAGAUCUGCUUGGGCACGUGGUCUUGUAGAUGAUCCGUCCAUUGCUCUCAUAUGUUCAGCAGCUUCAUUUGAGGAGUUGACCUCUGGAUGGGCUGUUGGUAUUGAAGUGUUAGACCAAGCUUUUGCAAUCGUGCUUCCAGAAAGAAGAAGCCACAGUUAUCAGCUUGAAUAUUUGUUCAACUUUUAUGUGAGGAUGCUUCAGAGACAUCAAGAGCAAUCAAGCUUAUCAAAAGUCUGGGAGUCGAUCUCUCGGGGGCUGCAAAUAUAUCCUUUCAGCCCAGAACUUUUUGGAGCUUUGGUGGAGAUUGGCCUUAUUUACACAACAUCCAAUAAGCUACGGUUGAUGUUUGACAACUUCUGUCACAAGUAA